AUGGCCUCGAUCAACAGUGACUCGAAGGGCAGGGUUAUCACCUUCAAGGAGACCCCCCGAGGGAGGUCGACAUUUCUGGGUGCGAUCGUGCCCAUUGUUCUUAAAUACGCCGUGUCGCAGAAUUGUGGGCCUCUGCCCGUAAAUACCCCAUGGCCUCAAGCUCUUCAGCAGCAGACGCGCGGAAGUGCUCUGCAGGACUCCAUUCGGUUACAAAGGUCCAUGACGCAUGCAACGAGGGAAAAGAUGCUGGAGCUCACAAGCUCUCCGUCUGAUGCUGUCUCACUAAUCUGUGCUGUCAAGCUGCAGGGACGCUAUGGCAGGUUGCGAAGCUCCAACGCCAGCAGCAGGCAGAGAAGUUUCAUUGUGCCAAGCCCCAAAGCCCGUCAGGGAUCGAGCAGCGGAACAGAACCUGCCGUAGAAGGAGAGAGAGAAAGACACAAACGACCGUCUUCGAUCAUCACCUGCUCUCAUAAAGGCGUAACCUAA